AUGCAUCUCAAUGGAUAUAGGUCUGAGGGUGUCACUUGUUCAUGUGAUGGAGUAUUGCCUGAAUUCUGGUGCUGUAACUGUCAUGGCACUCAAAUAUUCUGCCAUGAAUGCACACUUCAAAACCACAUGUAUCAUCCUUUAUAUAGAAUUAAGAUGUGGAAUAGGUAUUUUUUUCAAUGUAUCACACUGAAAAAGCUCAGGGUUCAAAUACAACUUGGCCAUAACCUAGGAGAAAGGUACUAUAAUCCUCAUCCAUCUGCUGGUGACGAUUUUGUGGUCAUUGGGCUCAAUGGCGUUCAUGAAGUUGUGCUGGACUUCUGUGGCUGCACUUCAGCUCAGGUCCAGUACAAACAACUGCUAUAUAUGUGGUGGUAUCUGGCAACUCAUUUUCAUAUUCUAUCAUUUGAGAACAAGGUGUCUGCUUAUGAGUUCUACCAUUCGCUCGCAAGAUACACCAAUAAUUCCAGGUUGAUAGGGAUCAAGGAUCGUUAUUCUGCUUUCAUGUGGAUGGUAUGCCAAUGGCACAACCUCAAACAACUUGGCCAUGGAGGAAGGGGACACGACUCAGCUGGAGUUGAUGCUACAGCUGAAGGAGAAUGGAAAAAUGCAUUGUUUGUCACAAUUGAUGCAAACUUCAGGCUCAAGCGAAAAGUGGUGUCUUCUGAUACUGCUGGCCCUAGUCUCAAUGCCGGCUGGAUGUAUUUCAUGCAGGAGGGCAGGUACAAGUCUUACAUUGCAGAUCGUGCUACUGAAAAUCAAGAGCGAAGCACAUGUAUAAGCCACAAUGUGGUCAAUAUGGCGGAUAUCAAGUCCUCCCAUGGGCCUCGCUGCCACAGACAUGACAUGAAGCUUCCUAAUGGUGUUGGAGACCUUCAGAAGGAGGAACAGUACAUCAACAUGGACUAUAUUAUGUGUUCUGCACUCCUCAUCUUUGCAAUGUCCAUGAUCAACAUCUCCUACGACAUCAUAUGCCAGUGGCACAAGAGACUCUGGACUUGGAUGGAAACAAUGCCAGAAUGGCUUUGCCCUCCCCAUGAAUCCUUCCUUAUACAAUUUUUAUGUCAUAAUUCCACAUUCAAGCCCAUGUCAAUAAGUGUCGCACGAACUUCUCUUUUAACUGGUCAAGAUACAUGGGCUGAACAGACAGUGAAGCUUCCUGAACGGGGCUGUACCAAAGAGAUGAGACUGGGAACAUGUCAGGACACUCUUGAUGAUCACUUCAAGAUAGAAUCCUGGGAGGAAGAUAACUUUUCUCCCAAUUCCUUUGAAAGCCAGUUUAAUCAUAAAUGGUCUUGGUGUUUUCACACCAUACAACUACAACUCAUUGAACUUGAAACUCAAAAACUUCAAGCUGGAAUUGAUGACUCACUUUAUACCAAUAUCUCUCCAAGCAGGCUGAUUAUUUUGGGCAUCAAUUUUGAAGAUCAAGAGGCACACUUAAGAUCCAGUCUUGCCAAUGUCUCCCUAAAUGACACCAAUAAGCAGAAGGCUACAAUGCAGACUCAGAUCACCUCCCUCCAGCAAUGGCUCUAUGCCUGGGCUCGCAUCCAGGAACUGUACAUGCCAGUUGUCUCUAGUGGGAAGUUGCAGGAAUUGAAACCUGAAGAUUUCAACCUAUGGCUCCCUUCGCACCUUCCAGCAGACACCCCUGUAGACAAGAAGCUUGCUGGCCACGAGUGGGAGCUAUGCUAUGCACAAGCACUCGAUGCCCUCAACCAAGACAAAAAUGUCUGUGGUCAGGCAAGUUCCACUCAUACAAAAAGAAUUAUUGAUGCUGUGGAGUCAAGGAAGCAAGCUAGUGUACUAAAGUAUAAAUGUGCACGCAACACCCUGUUGUCCCUUGGCUACUGUAACAUCGGCCACCAACUUGAGAAGUGCAGUUGGGAGGCUACCAUACUCCCACUUCUCGACUCUGACAUUAAACUUAUGGGUGACAUGGAGCAGCAAGGGAGAGAAACCAUCUCCUGGAUUUGGUUAGACUCCCAUGCUGAAUACAGCUGCACAGAAAAUGAAUGCAUGCAAGAUUGUGUCUGCUUGGAAUGGUGCAAGGCUUGUGCCCAUGCACACCAGUGGUCAGAGGGGGUGGAACUAUUGCUAGAAGAGAUGAGAUGA